UUACAAUGCGUUAAAAGUCAAGCGAUGUGCAACUCGGUGGGGCAGCAGUCAGUGAGGCGUUGCGAUGUACCCAGGAAUGUUUCCAGAAGCAAAGGAGACCGGUGCCGCCUUCGGCACUCGAGCCGUCGUGGCUUUCUCUUUGCAGCGUGACUGAAAUGUCACCGCAGCCGUCAGGAGAAGGGACUUAAAUGGUGCCUCGAGUUGAUACCCUCGAAGGUCUUGAUGGUCAGGAGAGAACUGCGGAGCGAACGGCCCCUUUAGAGACCCGGAGCCUGCUGUAAUGAGCAUGUCACCUUUGCAAGCAAGAGUUUUCCCUGAGGUGCGGAGCUUGGAAUUUUGACCCUGAUGCGUGGAACCCGGACAGGAUUGCUGCUGUGGCACUCAAUUCACAGCCCUCACAGUGACAAGUUCAAGCCCCAGCAGGGAGGCCUUUUUAGACUGACCAGCCGCUCGCGCGCACAAUGAUUUGCGACACUCAACUGAGAAGCAACUCUGAGAGGAGGAAAGAGAAAUCGAGGGACGCAGCAAGAUGUCGAAGGAGCAAAGAGACGGAGGUGUUUUACGAACUGGCGCAUCAACUUCCGCUGCCCCACAAUGUCAGCUCGCACCUUGACAAAGCCUCGAUCAUGCGACUGACGAUCAGCUUCUUACGCACCCGCAAGCUUCUGACUUCAGGGCUGGAAAAUGAGACCGACUCUGAGAGGCAGAUGGACAGUUUGUACCUUAAAGCCCUGGAGGGAUUUAUUACCGUGGUCACGCAGGAUGGAGACAUAAUUUUCCUGUCGGAAAAUGUAAAUAAACACAUGGGUAUCGCACAGGUGGAGUUGACGGGGCACAGCAUUUUUGAUUUCACCCACCCGUGUGAUCACGAGGAGAUCAGAGAAAACCUGACUCUGAAAAAUGCUCCGGGUUUCGGAAAGAAAAACAAAGACCUGAACACAGAGCGAGACUUCUUCAUGAGAAUGAAAUGUACCGUGACAAACCGUGGCAGAACAGUGAACCUCAAGUCUGCCACCUGGAAGGUGCUCCACUGCACAGGGCACAUCAAGAUGUACAACACCUGCCUCCCCCAUACUCUGUGCGGUUACAAGGAGCCACCUCUAACCUGCCUGAUUAUGAUGUGCGAGCCCAUUCAGCACCCGUCUAACAUUGACGUCCCACUGGACAGCAAGACCUUCCUGAGCCGUCACAGCAUGGAUAUGAAGUUCACCUACUGCGAUGAGAGAGUCACGACACUGAUGGGGUACCAUCCAGAAGAACUCCUGGGUCGUUCGGUCUAUGAGUUUUACCAUGCACUGGAUUCAGACCACAUGACAAAGAGUCACCAGAACUUGUGCACGAAAGGUCAGGCUGUUACUGGGCAGUACCGGAUGCUUGCAAAACACGGUGGAUAUGUGUGGGUGGAGACCCAAGGGACUGUCAUCUACAACAGCCGUAAUUCACAGCCACAGUGCAUUGUCUGUGUCAACUACGUACUGAGUGAUGUAGAAGAGAAAAAUGUGAUGUUCUCCAUGGAUCAGACAGAGUCUCUGUUCAAGCCUUGCCUGCCUCUGAGGAACGUGAAUGGCAGGUACAUCAAUGGUGCUUCAGUGCCAGAUGACAGCGAGCUCCUGUUCAGCAAGCUGAAGGAAGAACCGGAAGAAUUGGCGCAACUUGCACCCACUGCUGGCGAUGCCAUCAUUUCUCUCGACUUUGGCAUCAAUGGAAACCAGCAGCUUGAGAAAACCUCGCUUUACAACAAGGGAGCUAUGCCUCCACCAAACAAGCAGUGGCCGGUGGAAAUCACAAAACCCAAGGGGCAGAAAGUAAAUGGUCCAGCUGAGCUCACCAAGCAGCCACCACUGGAUCUGCACUCCUUUGUGGUGCCUCGAGUCACAUCUGGCAACGCCACCCCCAGCACGUGCAGUAACAGCAAUUGCUCUUCACCGAGUAGUCCUGGUGACUAUUACAGUUCCAUGGACAAUGAUCUCAAGAUUGAGCUGACUGAAAAGCUUUUCUCAAUGGACACUCAAGCAAAGAACCAAUGCAGCCAACAGGUGGAGUUGAGUGACCUGGAUCUUGAAACUCUGGCUCCCUACAUUCCGAUGGACGGGGAAGAUUUCCAGCUGAGCCCCAUCUGCUGCGAGGAGCCACCCACCUCCGAGAAUACAUCUGAAACUCAGAAGUGCUGCACCAACAUCAACAGCCUGUUCCAGCCACUCGCUCCCAAUUCUGUGCUGCCUUCGAGCCUGAUUUCCGCACAGCCCAGCAAGUACUGCACCACAUUGAAGAAGAGCAACUUCACCCACAUCCCUCCGCUGCCCCAAUACCAUGGGUCGGUCAACACUCCGGUGUCCUCAAUGGGCGGAAGACCAAGCAUCCAGUGGCCACCUGACCCGCACUUUAACUGUAUACCUAAGUGGAGAAUGAUGGAGCAGAACGGAGGAACGUUUUUUGGAACCCCAUCGGGACAUCCAGCUCACUUGCAGUCAUUGUACAAACAAAGGAUGCCUCUGCAAUGUGUCAAGUCCCUGGAGAACUUUGGACAACAUGGGAAAGACAUCAGCCCUGCGCUGACUGCCUUCACAAACAACUUGAAACGUAAACGACAGCUGGAAUUUGGAGAGCAGACAUUAUCCCUCUCAGCGGAGUGCCCAUUUGAGUAUCCGCAGAGAAGUAACACUCCUGCACAGUUCUUGUGGAAGAGGAUGAAAGCCAUCAAAUGUGAAACAAGCUCCACACUAAUGGAGAAGAAAUCCUUGAGCACAGGUUCUCUUACAGGGAUGGCAAGUCGACUCCUGGGCUCAUCCUUCGUGUCCUACUCGUUGCCGGAGCUCACGAGAUAUGACUGUGAAGUCAACGCCCCGGUGGUGGGAAACUCAACACUUUUGCAAGGUCGUGAACUGCUCAGAGCUCUGGAUCAAGCCACCUAGACCCGCUCUGCCCCCCCAAAAAAAAACUGCUGGCCUGGAUUGUCACAACCGUUUCAGUUUCUAAAUAUAUUUUUCAGAAAAAGUAGUCUUUUGUUGACAUUGUGUUGACGCUGUUUAAAAGAUUCUUACUCGCUCACCUUGUCCACGUCUUUGCAAACUGGCUCCCACCCCCCCCCUCCCACCCCUCUCUCUCGUUUUC